CGGCCGCUGUUGCCCCCUCCCCCACCGCUUGCCGCGCACGCCGGGCAACCGUAGUGGCGGCUGCUGCGGCCGCUGUGGUGGGUCGUCGUCAUGGACUCUGAGUGGGAUAAGCUGACCCUGGCCUUUUCUCGCACGUCUAUGUUCCCUUUUUUUGACAUCGCCCAUUACCUGGUGUCGGUGAUGGCGCUGAAGCGUCAGCCGGGAGCAGCGGCGGAGGCGCGGAAGAAUCCUCUUUCAAGCUGGUUUACUGCUAUGCUCCACUGCUUUGGUGGAGGGAUUUUAUCCUGUGUACUGCUGUCAGAGCCUCUAUUGAGGUUUCUUGCAAACAGCACUAAUGUAUUACUGGCAUCUUCAAUCUGGUAUAUUAUAUUUUUUUGCCCAUAUGACCUAGUUUCCCAGGGCUAUUCUUUCCUACCUGUUGAACUCUUGGCUGCUGGAAUGAAGGAAGUGACCAGAACUUGGAAAAUAGUAGGUGGAGUCACACAUGCUGAUAGCUAUUACAAAAAUGGCUGGAUAGUCAUGAUAGCUGUUGGAUGGGCCCGAGGUGCAGGUGGUAGCGUUAUCACGAGUUUUGAGCAGUUGGUAAAAGGAAGUUGGAAACCAGAAGCUGAUCAGUGGCUGAAGAUGUCCUACCCUGCCAAGGUAACCCUGCUGGGAUCAGUUAUCUUCACAUUCCAGCACACCAAGCAUCUGGCAAUAUCAAGGCAUAAUCUUAUGUUCGUUUAUACCAUGUUUCUUGUGGCCACAAAGAUAACCAUGAUGAUUACAGAGACUCCUACUGUGUCUUUUGCUCCUUUUGAGGAUACAUUGAGUCGGAUGCUGUUUGGCUGGCAGCAGCAGUUUUCAUCAUGUGAAAAGAAAAGUGAAACAAAAUCAUCUUUUAAUGGUACUGGUUCAUCGACCUCAAAACCUAUAGCUGAUGCUUCAGAUAAAAUUAAAAAGAAACAUAUUAAGAAGACUGAGUAAAUUUACUUGAUGAGCUCUAGAAGGCAAAAAAAGUUUUUCUUAUUAUCUGCCUUUCAGAUUGUGAUAAAUAUUUCUAUGUAAAUGAUAUGAAAUAAAGAUUGUAUAUAAGGAAUGGAGGUGACAAAAAGAAAACUUGUUUCUGUUUCAGGGAGACUACCCCAUUCUGGAUUGUAAUUCUUGAGUGUUAUGAGUGUAUCAUGUGAAAUUGUUUUUCUAAGUUAUAUAUAAAAGAUUCUAUUGCGAUUAAUAGUUUUAGAUUGAUAAAAGGCUAGAUACUUGUUAAUGUUAGAAAAAGUAAACUUACUAUCAUUGUAAAAUAACAAAAAUUAAAGCUUUUUUGUUUUCUUCAGGUAUUUUCAUACAUAUUUUUUAUUUAAAUCUAUUUGAGCUUUAGUUCAGCAAAAUUAAACUUUUACUUCACAUUACCCUUAUAGUUCCUAGAUAUGGAAAACAAUUCCUAUUUAAUUUUGAGCACUGGGAAAAGUAAACUUAACCUAAAUCACUUUACAUUAUGAGUGAAAAUAAAUUACUAGUUUAUAUUUCA